UUUACUCGUGAAGGGAGAGUAUAAUGAUCUACAUCCUUGUCUACAUGCGAUGGCUUCUCGGGUUGAGUAUCUAAACAAAUUUAUAUAUUUGUCGAUGUGUGUUUUCUCUUGCCUAGAAGCGGCAAGAUCCAUGAAUAUACUAGUCAAUGGAGGUCAUCAAAACUUGACGCUGACUCUCAAAGAAAAGUUUGAACUCAAUUUUUAUUUCGUUGAUGGUUUGAAGGAUGCUCAGAACAUUACGGUCUAUGUACAGCAUCGUCUCCCAGGGUCAACUGUCUUUAACUCGAAAUGUAUUCUCAAAUAUUCUCGCGAGAAUUGCACGAGCACAACAACACUCUGUCGCUGCAUGGGGCCACCUUUGGCCAACUACAGCCUCAGCAAGGUCUUCACACAGGAAGAUGCUGGGACCUGGGUUGUCACACUAUGGAAAGCACAGAAUCAAGUUAAGGAGACUAUAGAUAUUUUUGUUGAAGAAAACACAAGUGAAUCUACAUUGUCUGCUGCCGUCAUCUCCAUUGUCAGCUUCAUCAUUGUAUCUGCUGUCGUCAGUUUGUCAUUCCUAAUCUUCUGGUGUUGGUCCAGGUUCUUCGUGAAAACAGUCCUACUCAUUGUCAUGGCAUCAACAGACACACCUUCAGAUGUCUUUCACAGAGAAUCAACCUUCAUGCUUAAGAAGUCAAGAAACAUUUACAACAUUAGCUCUAAAACAUUAUCAGAAGCUGCAACCACUUUAAACAACCUAGCAACAACUUGUAAACCAGCAACAGCAUUACUGGAACCAGCAAUAGCUUUACCUGGACCAGCAACAAAAUUACCUGAACCAGAAGUGGCGUUACCUGAAUCAGCUCUAUCCUUUCCAGCACAGGCUCUACCUCAGCCACCAACAACAUUACCCGGAUCAUCAAAUGCUUUACCAGCAACAGCUUUUCCUGAAACAGUAGUUCCACUAUCAUUGUCAGCACUAACUACACAGUUAUCGCCACCAGCAAAAGCACAGCCACGGAAACAUCCGGCACUACCACCGCCACCAGCGCCAUCGCCAACAACAGCACUGCCACCACAAGCACAAGCAAAGGUACCACCACCAACACCAAAACCACCGCUAGCAACAGCAUCAGAGGAAUGGGCAACUGCACCACAAUCUCCACUGUUACCAGCACCAGCACUGUCACCACAAGCACUAUCAAAGGUACCGCCGCCAACCCCGCCAAAACCACCGUUACAAGAAUCGGCAUCUGCACCACCAUCUCCACCACCGCCAACACCAGCACUGUUACCACAAGGACUACCAAAGCUACCACCAGCAACGCCACCAAAACCACCGCAAGCAACAACAUCAAAGGAAUCGGCAUCAACAUAACAACCUCCACUAAUGCCAACACCAGGACCAUCACCAGCAUUAGUAUCAGCUUCAACAUCUUUAUCAAUUAUAAAACCGCCAUUCAAAAUCACUUUUAGCAUCUGAUUGUUAAAUGUUGACCGUAGCAAAGAAAAUGGUGAAAUGCAACAUCCGUCACCCUAAUUGCUGUUAUUGAAAAUCUGGAAUUUGUUGAAGUUGCGAUAAAAAAA